CAUUUUAUUCUAAUCCUGCACUUUUCUUUUUUUUAUUAGGUCAGCCCCACCUCAGAAGUGAAGACAGGUACAGACACAUCACAAAUGACCGGGUCCGAGGCCCAACAGUGUAUCCAGUCAAACGCAAGCGCAGCCAUGACAGAGGUCUCACACUGGAGGAAAGACGAGAGCGAGUGCUCAGCAGAAACAGUGGCAAAGUGGCCCAGAGAACAGCACCAGCACCGGCCAUGUUUAACAGCCCACAGAGCCCCACAUCCACCUGGAGUCCCACGCCCAGCCCCACCAGCCCGCUGCCCGCCCACAUGUACUACGCCCCCAUCAUGGACGAACCUCUCGCCCUCAUCAAGAAACCAAGAAAAGACCCUGAAAAUACAACGGAGAAGUCCCAGAGCAGCGCCACCACUCAAAUCCAGAUGCGUCCCUCUGUGAUCACUUGUGUGUCCUCAUUAAGAAACCCCUCCGGCAGGUCUGAGGUCCACAGGAGCCACACAUCAGUUGUUUCCAAGAGCAACUACGAUCACGUGGUCGAGGAGCAUUUCCAGAGGAGCCUCGGCAUGAACUACCAGAAGGCCCGCUCCCAGCAGCUCUCCAUCAGCGUGUCCGUUGACGACCACUUUGCCAAGGCUUUGGGAGACAAGUGGCUGCAAAUCAAAUCCAAGUCUUCCUCCUGUUCCUCUACCCCCCCCAGCAGUCCAAGUGUCACCCACUCCCCAGCCCACAGCCACAGCCCGAAUCAGUCCCACAAAGAGUCCGCCAGCAGCUCGUCGCCAACUUCCAGCCGCUGGUCUGUCAAUUAGAGGAGAAAUGACCUCUGAUAUUGGGAGGAAAGUGGACUUUUAACAUUUCACUGCGUGCAGCUCUGCUUGUUGAGCAAUGGAAAAGCCCGUGCUAGUGUAGAAAGGGCAGGCUAACAGAUGCAGGGCCUCUAGUGCAAGCUUGGGCCUGUGUGUGUCCAGAAGCUUAUGACACACUGACACAGACAAAUGUAGCAUGAAACCUUUUUGUUUUGUUACAUUUUGAUCCUCUGCUUGUCAAUAGCGUCUCAAUACCUGAGAUACCGUAGAUGGUGAUGUGGGGUGAUUGAGAAAUCAGCCAAAUAAUCCUUUACAUUUCUUUGAUUUUGUGUCGUUCUUUAAAUGCCACAGUUUCAUUGUAUUAUAUUUAUGUUCUGAUACACGUGGGCUCCUUAUAGUCUGAAUGACUAAUGAUUUAAUCUGCUGUAUAAUAUUAUGAUUGUAAGCUGUACAUAAAGCAAAGACUUUUUAAAAGACCUUAAACAAUAAAAAUCUCA